AUGUCCACCAACAUAACGGAUAAUCUGUGUAAAAUAUGUGACGGCAGAAUUGAAUGCGCUCCUACAGCAAUACUACUAAUUUCACUAGUGCAUACUUUAUUUGGUUACAUUCAAGAAGAGCCCGAUUAUUUUGGUAAGAACAAGGCGGAUUUGAUGAAAACCGUUGAGAUGAGAAAAGAGAAACAUUUCAAAUUGAUGUCUCCGUUUAGUGAGUCGUUUCGUGUUAACAAAUAUCAAGAAGAUAGUGAAAGUUCCAAUGAAGAAGUGGAGAGAGUUGAGGAAUAUGAUUUUAUUGUGGUUGGAGGAGGAACUGCGGGAUGUGUGGUUGCAAGCAGGCUCUCAGAGAAUAGAAAAUGGAAGGUGCUGUUAGUGGAAGCAGGUCCAGAUGAACCCAAGAUGGCUUUAAUCCCGUCGCUGACGAGCGAGUUCAAGGGGUCAGCACUGGACUGGCAGUACUCAAUGAGACCCAAGAAAGGAUUUUGUAACCAUCGCGGUGAAAAAGGCUGUGAAGUAGUCCUAGGGCGGGUGCUAGGAGGCACGUCUUCCAUUAAUGAUAUGGCGUACAUCAGGGGAAGCCCCGCCGAUUACGACAUGUGGUCGCUCAAUGGCAACGAAGGCUGGAGCUACAGCCAAAUCCUGCCCUUCUUCAAAUACUCGGAAGGAAACUAUGAUAAAGACAUAUCUAAAAAUAAACUAUUUCACUCGUCACAAGGCCCUUUAGAUGUCGGACGAUAUCCGUAUGUAGAUGACAAUGUUGACAUUCUCCUUAGCGCAUUAAAUGAAUUAGGAUAUAACUACACAGACGUCAAUGGCAGAAAGCAAUUAGGAUUCAUGAGAAUACAAACCAUGUCUUACUUUGGCGAAAGAGUUAGUGCCUACACUGCUUUCAUUGAUCCUGUCAGAAAACUUAGACAUAACUUAGAUAUAGAAACUGAAGCGUUAGUUACGAAAAUAAAUUUUGAAGAGAAGGGGGACACUCUUAAGGCUUUAGGUAUAAAUUAUAUUAAAAAUGGUACAAAAUUUAGAGUUAAAGCUAGUAAAGAAGUGAUAUUGAGUGCAGGGGCAAUAAACUCACCGAAGUUAUUAAUGCAAUCUGGUGUUGGGCCCAAAGACUAUUUAGAAUAUUUAGAUAUAAAAUCAUAUGCAGACUUGCCCGUGGGAGGAAAUUUUCAUGACCACAUAUCUGUAUGUUUACCGGUCAUUAAGUUAACAAAGACAGCUACCACGUGUGAUUUUCCUGAAAAACUCCGUGAUAUAACGACCUACUAUGCAAAAGGAAUCGGUCCACUGUCAGCUAAUUACCAAGUAGUGGCAUUCUUAGAAUCUACAAUAUCGGAUAUUCUGGGUACUCCUGACAUCGAAAUCCGAUUUAAAGGUCACAACUCUAAUAUGUAUUACGAUUUUAUUGAUAUGUGUAUUAUACUACUAACACCGCAAAGUAGAGGACAAGUAAUUUUGAACGCAACAGAUCCGAUAUUCGGUAAACCGUUAAUUUACCCUAAUUUUCUCAAAGACCCAAGUGAUGAAAAGAAAUUGUUGGAAGGAAUACAAGAAGUCGUUAAGAUAUUUGACACAGAAGUAUUUAAGAACUCGGGUUAUGAAUUUGACCCACGGCCUAUUCUGAAGAACGAUUGUAAAAAUCACGAACGAGUCACCGCUGAAUUUUGGUCAUGCAUUAUAAGACAUUUUUCAACUCCAUUACACAACUACGUGGGGACUUGCAAAAUGGGAACUUCAAAAGACGCAGAAUCAGUGGUAGAUGAAAAUUUAAAGUUAUAUGGCAGUGCCAACUUGAGAGUAGUAGACGCAUCAGUAAUGCCAAAGAUCACAAGGGGAUCAACCGCAGCUCCUGUCAUCAUGAUAGCCGAAAAGGCCAGUGAUUUAAUAAAAACUACCUGGUAUUGA